UUUCUCCUGGUAGAAGUUGAGAUGAAAGAUAGUAUGACCAAACCUCCAGCAGUAAUACGAUGAGAAUAACUCGAACAUUAUUCCAAACAAAAUAAUCAUGGCUUCUUCAAGACAUUUGCUCAAAUGCUUACCAAUGAUUUGCUCUUCAACUCCUCGAUUCGGCACAUUAAAUUCCAAAGUGAAACUUAGUGAAAUUCCGGAUAUUUGCACAAGAGAGGAUUGGAGUGAGGCUAUUAAUGAAAGUCGUAUGCUAUUACAAAAGUAUCCAAUCAAACCAUCAUUUGUGAAUCGAGGAAUGGGACGAAUAUCUCUACAAACAGUUGUAAAAAGAAUGGAAGAAAUUUCUCAAAAUAACAACAACUACUUGAUAAAUACAUUUAAACAGCUUCUCAGCAAUACAGAUGAUACAGCCAAUGAGCUGCGAUGGCCAGGCUUGGUCACUCUGAUGCUCGCCAAAUCCAUUGGCUAUCCGUUUGAGGCAGAUAAUUUUGUCAGUAAAUCACUGGAAGAUGUCAUUUGGUCCUCACAAGUAACCCUUGCAGAAAUCAUCAACCUGCUCCACUGCAAUCUUGUGUUUAGAAAGGAAAUUUUUCGGCUUUCUUUAACAAAGAAAAUUUCAAAGAAUUCGGGAAUCGAGAAAGAGUUGGACAAAAUGGUGUACAACUAUCUCACAUCAAUCGUUCUUUACAAAGCUUCAGUUCUGAAUAAUUACAAGGUGGUGCAACUAAUAGCUGACAUAUUGGAAUGUUUAGUCAAGACAAGACAAUCAAGCACUACAAACAUUCUUUUGAAAAAUCUAAAAGAAUGGGAAUACAACACAUUUCACUCUCAAGGAUUACUCUUAGCUUCUGGGUGCCAGGCUACACUGCAGCUUGCUGGUUACGAUGAAACAUCACAGAAAAUGGCAUUUACAUUUGGAAUGAACUUUGCAUUUGCUAUUAAAGCUCAUGCAGAAAUACAACAACACUGGAAUUAUCAGAACUCUCGCAGUUCAACGAUAAAUAUUUCAAGCUUUCCCAUUGCUCUCCACUUGCAAAACCACCCGGAAACUUUACCUUUUGUGUAUAGCCGUAAUGAGAUAUUUGAUAACUCAGACAUUGACAUGUUACAUACAAUUCUUCAAACAAAUUCUGCAAUGAGAGAUGCAAAAAUGCAGCUAGAAAUUUACAUAAAGAAGGCACUUAGCAUUUUACAGCAGUUGCAGAAAUCUGGAAAUGAUGAUGUCACAGUAAACUUGAUAAAACUUGUAAACACUUUAUGUAACAUAAAUGAGUUUUAAGCAAUCUUGAAACUAGCCACAAUAUUAUAACUUAAUUGAAAAUGUCAAUAAGAAACAAAUUUCAAGCAGAAUGAUAAAAAAAAAAAAAACUUUUUAAAAAUUAAGCUUGAAUUGUAAUUCAUUCGAACAAACUUCAACAGAUUCUCUAUAAAGAUUAAAAAUUGUAAAAAAGCAGGAUCAUUUUUAGUACAUUUUCAGAAAUAUUUCUUAAAACCUUUUAUUAAUUUAUAUUUUGCUUAGUAAUAAAAAAUUAAUGUUAUGCAGAAAAUAAGUUUUUUUACGUUAUGAGAAGCUUCCAGUAAAGCUUCUCAGGACACUAAUCUUUUAUUUAAUUGAAGAGAAUGGAACAGAAAAUAUAAACAAUAAUUUGUUAUAGUAU